AAGAGCAUUGUACCCUGGCUACCAAUAUACCUAUGCCGCCUUUAUGACUUGCUAAAGCGAAACGAAUCAACAUGGGGCUUCACAAUCUUCCGCACAACCUACACCCCACAAUCUGAUGUCGUGUUGACGGAGAUAGGGGCAUUCCACGAGACAUAUGAAGACCUCCUACAGGGCAGCAGAGCAAAUCAAGUCGACAAGGCCGUCUUCGAUGAAUUGUGGGCCAAAUAUGAGCCUUGCAUCAUUGAUGACUCAGAACAGUUCAACGGCGCAUCGUUAAGACAACAUCCGGUCUCUUUUUGA